UCAGCCCUCACUCCUCCACUCAGCUGUGGCUCAGCUCGGCUCUUCACGUUUGUCAUUGUUACCUUCCUCUGACUGCUCAUAAUCUUCCUCACCUCAACCCUCCUUGUUCUCAUCUUCCUCCUGGCAGAAACCGGUGACAGCAUGGAGAAUAACCACACCUUCCUGUACUUUGCAUAUGGCAGCAACCUAUUGAAAGAGCGGCUCCAGCUCAAAAACCCCUCUGCGACAGUACAUUGUGUGGCCAGGCUCAAGGACUAUAAAUUGGUGUUUGGGAACCAUAAAGGCCUUGCCAGUGACCGAUGGCAUGGAGGUGUGGCCACCAUAGAGCACAGCCCAGGGGACGAGGUGUGGGGUGUGGUGUGGAGGAUGAACAUGUCUGAUCUGGAGUCUCUAGACAGUCAAGAGAAUGUGACGUUAGGUGCGUACAGUCCUGUGGAGCUAUCAGUAAAGACAAAAGGCCAGGAGCUCAACUGUCGUACCUACAUAAUGAACAGCUGUGUGUAUGCCCCACCAUCACCACAAUACCUACAGGUCAUUAUGAUGGGAGCAGAGCAGAAUGGCUUGCCAAAGGACUACCAGGAGAAGCUGAGAGCAAUCAAGACCAACAUGUAUGAGGGUCCUCUACCCAUGAUGGCUGAACUGGAGCGAGCUAGAAGAGCCAAAGAGCGGGCCAACCACCGUUCUGAGGCCUGACAAUCCAGCAGAAUCUAGGUCCACUUAAGAUAGGAAAGUGCUCGUAACACUGUAUUCAACCUAAUACUGUAGUUUAACAAGGUCACCUUAACAAGCUGCUUCAUGCCUAACUUAGAAUACAGCUUUGAUGGGUCUGUGGUCUAACUUGAGUUGCCUGUACAGAUGAAAAUAACAGUUGCAUUUUGACAGGUUAGAGGUGUGAGAUCCACCAGAAAUGUUGAGUGAAUACAGUACACAUCACCAUGAGGAACAAUAAUACAGGCUGUUAUUUUCUAUUUGGCUUCACAAUCAUGUCUUUAUGUUUUAUGGCUGUGAUAUAUUUCAGUGCUUCUUUCUUGCUCUUAACACCACUUUGAGUCAUGUACAACUAAAAUAUUACUUAAGCGCCAUACCAGUGUUUUUGAAAGUUUUUGCCCAUUAACCACAGUUGGACACCCUCCACGCCCCAUUGUGGCAUGGUACUGCAGUUACAGUAUAAGUACAGAAUAAUUUGUCACUUGUGCUCCCAGUGCCAAUCUACAAUAACAUAACAUUAUGCCUGCUAUCAUUUUCUGCAGUUGUAACCUAA